UGAUAUCAUUUUGACCUUGAAUUUUGAUAAGUUGAUGUGAAAUAAAUAUGUAAUCUGAUAUAUUGUACACCCUGUGUCUUAUGCAGCAAUUAGUACUGGAUAAAAUAGUGCAUGCACGUGAAUACUGGAUUUUGCUUGCGAAAAAAGAGAUGCGAAAACAUUGAUAAUAUUUUAUCAAAGAGAACACGAAGACUAUAUCUGUGAGGUCACAGAAGAUGUGUUCUUUAAUUAGUUAUGCGAUUUCCUUUCUUUUGACUUUAACGUUGCUGCUAACUUUAUCCGACGGAGCGUACCAAUCACCGCAUCCGUGCCCACAGCCGUGCCGAUGCCUGUUUUUCGAGGGUCUACAGUCCGUCUACUGCAACAGGACGGGCAUUACCGCCGUUCCCCGUGGAAUCCCAGCGGACACGCAGCUCCUGGAGCUGUCCGGAAACUCCAUAGGCCACAUCUCCGUUGGCGACAUGGCGGGGCUGGUGAACCUACAACAACUCUAUCUUAGUUCCAUCGGCCUGCUCGCGAAUAGCGUUGACAACGGGGCGCUGGACCUUCCAAAGCUUGACACCAUUGACAUGUCAGGGAACAAUUUGUAUGCAAUUCCUACGUUUUUGUCUACGAGGAUGAUUACACUUUGGUUUCUAGAUAACCAUUUGACGGAACUUCGCAGUGAUAGCUUUUUCAAAUACGGGUUAUUGCAGUAUCUCGACUUGUCAUAUAAUACUAUAAAAAACAUUCAACCGGGCACAUUUAACCCAUUGAAACAAUUAGAAACGUUGUACAUCCCAUUCAACAACCUCACAGAUUCGAGCUUCCCUCCAAACGUGUUCCUGAAAAACUCCAAUCUGCAGCUGCUCUCCGUGCGGUUCAACCAGCUGCGCCACACUCUAAGGGACCUGCCGCCGUCCAUGACGGACCUGGAUUACGUCGGGAACCAAAUCACAACACUUCCCGCGUACGGCUUCCGGUCACUGCCCAACCUCAAGACGCUCGCGUUCUGGCAGGGGCAGGUGACGACAAUAGAGGAUUAUGCGUUCUACGGACUACCAAAUGUAACCAUUGUAGACUUCAUGCAGGACAUGAUAUCGUCCACAAUAACGAACAAUACGUUCACUGGGCUGUCUGGACUACAAACCAUAUACCUAGAUCUUAAUCAAAUAAGCAAGCUGGAGCCGGGGGCACUGUACCCGUUAAAGUCACUGAACGCCCUUUGGAUGUCCGAUAACAAUGUUACGACCCUCAGUUCAGAAGCGCUCGACUCGGACCGUCUCCCGCAACUUUCUACCGUCUACAUUGACGGAAACCCCUGGAACUGCGACUGCCACUUACGAUGGCUACGGUCAGCCGUGGACCACGCGCGAUACGCCAUCCAGGAUCCCCAUCUCAUCACGUGCGCCUCCCCUCCACCAUUGGCCGGGAAGGCUUGGGACCAACUCAAGCCGAGUGACUUCGUGUGCAAGCGUUAAUUAGGCUCAUACCGAAUUUCGAUGCAUUAGAAAAUAAAUGUGUUUGUUGUUUAAA